AUAGUCCCAAAGAUUACACUUAUUCCUUUCACAAAAUUCAUUUCGCAGCCUUAUUAACUUUAAUGCUGUUUUAUAAAGUAAUCAUCUUAUCCAUAAAAUAGGUCAUGCAUUAAAGGCAAUGAUUAUUUAACUUUGUUUCGAAAUUUAAUAGAAAUUUAAUGAAGCUGAAAAACUCUGUGAUUAAGCAUUUACAAGAGAUAAAACUAAUUUGAUAGUUCUUUGCAGAAAAGAUGAGAAUUAACUUUGUAAAAUUAGCUAAUCUAUUAUGCGAACAAUUAAUUCAAACAUCUUGAUAUCAAAGUAAGGAAAGUACGAAGAAUGUAAAAAAUAUUUGAAGCAAGUCCUUGAUGAAAAAAAGAAUAUAUUUUAGCAAAUUACUAUAUGGGUAUUAUCAUAAUUAAAUAAAUAGGAAAUGUUUUAUCAGUAAAUAAUAAAGAAGAGAAGGCUAUUUCUUAUUAUGAUAAGUGUCUCUAAGGAAAGGAUUAGCUAAUUUUACUUUUAUUAUUUAGGUAUAUCCUUAAUUAGUUUGAGAAGGAUGGAUGAAGCAAGAAAUAUUUUUGAAAAAGCUCUCUUAGUGAAUAAUAAUUAUUCAUCUUCACACUUUCAUUUUGGUAAGUAAUUAUCUAUUUUCUAGCAUUAUCAUUAGAAGACUUUAAGUAAUUUGAUUCAGCAAUUUUUCACUAUAAUCAAGCUAUAAAAAUCAAUCCAUCAUUUUAUCAAGCAUAUGAAAACCGUGGUAACUAAAUUGAAUAUAUUUUAAGCUUUUUUUUAAAUUCAAAUAUAAAUAAAAUCUAUUGAUAAUUUGGUUUAUUGUAUUAUUUGA